AUGAAGCCUUGUAAAGGUCAUUUAACAGUACAAACAAGAUCAAUCAAAGUAUAAGUGAAAAAGAGCUUGGCAAACAAUUCGUUUGCAACAUUUGCAGUGUCAAGAACAGUACUGUCAUUUUAGACUGCUUUUGUUUGCUGUGUCUCGACUGCUUCCAAGAUUCAAGUAACUUAAAAAUUGCUUACAUCUUUAGAAAGUGUCAAUUUGUUAGAUUAGCAGUGCAUGUCUUGUGGCAAAAAUUACAAAAGGGGUUUCAAGUUGAAUAAAAAGAAGCAGUUUCAAGAGCUUUUAAAGCCAAAGUUAUAUCAAGAAAUAGAAAGUGUAUAUCUGCAAGCUUAAAAAUUACCUCCUGGCGAGAUUUUCAAGCUGAAAGUUGUUCAUAAAAUCUAGUUGCAAGUUGAAAGCCAGAAUGACAAUAAGAAUGUACUGCAACAUUGCCCGCCCUAAAUUUAAGCUACAGUGAGAAAUGAUGAAAAUCUAUACUAAAGUUAAGUUAAUUAAUCUUAGUUGCAGUAACAAUAAGCUGUGGGUUACAAUAUUAAUAAUAUGGAAUAAUCAACUAAGAGCAGUAAUUCAAAUAAAAAUGACUUAAUUAAUAAUGAUGAAUUGACUUUGUUAAGAAAAUCUGAAAGAGCCCCUCUAAGAAAUUUAUCAAAUAUUGAAAGCUAAAGCAAGUCAAAAGCAGGGAUUGAGGAAAAGUAAUUUUAAUAAUAGCACCAAGUCUAAAAUAUAUGCAAGGAAUAGUAAUCUUCCUCAUCAUUUCUCGCAACACCACCUGUAGUUUCCUCUUGCCAAGAAUAAAGCCAACCUGUAGCAGAAUAUUAGCAAUCUGAGGACCUCCAGAGCAAAUCAAACAUAAUGAAAUCAAUUUUACUUCAAACUUUGGUAAACAUUAAUACCAGCAACAGAAGAUAAAGCAGUAAAAAUGAAAACUGCUUGAGAUAAGCAAGGAGCCUUUCUCCUGAGAUUAAAGUUCAGUCUAAAUUGCAAUUCAAACCUAAAAAUAAUAAACUCAGAACCAAACUGAAAAGAGAAUUUGAGAAGCAGAUAACACUGAUAGGUAAAAAAAGGAAAAUAAAUGAGACUCAGAUUGAGAAGAAGGAUGCUGCAAACUUGUGCAAAUAAAGUUUAUUAUAGGAAUCUAGCAAGUCCAAGAAAAAAGAGCUUUAUAAAAAUAUCCGAUAUCCAAAUCAAAGUCAAACUACUGACAAUAAAUGA